AUGGAAUUCGAAAAGACUGCCGAACUAACCUUAAAAAGGUUUGAAGCUGAACAUAUAGAACAAAAAAAGCGGAACGAUUACAUCGAUUGGGUUGAUUAUUUUAUGGGAAUUGCAUUUUUAGCUGCUAAACGAAGCAAAGAUCCUAAAUUUCAAGUUGGUGCAUGUAUUGUUAAUAAAAACAAUGUUAUAGUGAGCAUAGGGUAUAAUGGCAUGCCACAAGGGCAUGAUAAAAUUUUUCCAUGGACCAAACUUGAUUCUACUAACGGUGAUUCUUUAUAUAACAAAUUGUUAUACGUGUGCCAUGCAGAAUUGAAUGCAAUAACAAAUAGAAAUUCAGCAGACCUGGGAGACUGUACUCUAUAUGUGACGUUAUUCCCAUGUAAUGAGUGUGCUAAAUUGAUAAUACAGUCCGGCAUCAAAGAAGUGGUUUAUUUUUCAAACAAAAAAUCACAUAAAACAGAAUUUAUUGCAUCAAGAGUAAUGUUUAAGGCAACUGGAGUGAAUUAUUGGCAAUAUAAACCAAAGCAGGAUAAAAUAGAAAUUAUUUUUCCAGAAAGUGAUUAUACAGAUGAUGAGACAGUAGUCGAUGAGGAUAUUGAAGCGGAAGCUAAGCUGAUGAAUAAAUUAAAAUUAAGCAAU